AUGAGCGUGGAAAACGACCACCGAGAUGUACGCUUCUCGUACAAAUCCGAGUCCCACAGGCAUUACGCUUCCCAGAAUGAGACUUCCCCGACUGACGACGAUGAAGACCCUCAACCAUUGACCCAGGUCGAGACCUCCCAGUCGGCAGCCAUCGAGCCUCCCAAGGCCCUGUGGAAGGAGAUAAUCUUCAUAACGGUUGUAUGUAUGGCCCAGUUCACGACGCAAGCCGGAUUAGCAAUGUCAGUUGUGCCUGUUCAUAUCAUUGGCGAAAGUUUCAAUACCUCGAAUCCGGGAGAAUUGAGUUGGUUUGCAGCGGCUUAUAGCUUAACCGUCGGCACGUUUAUUUUGGUUGCUGGACGUUUAGGAGAUGUCUACGGCCAUCGACUGAUGUUCACAAUUGGCUUCGUCUGGUUCGGUCUGUGGUCGCUUCUCGGGGGCUUCGGUGUAUGGUCCAACCAGAUGUUCUUCGAUUGCUGUCGUGCGUUUCAAGGCAUGGGACCCGCUAUGCUAUUGCCAAAUGCCAUUGCUAUUUUCGGUCGCGCCUAUCCACCCGGCCUGCGCAAAGAGAUGAUUUUCAGCCUCUUCGGUGCUACCGCCCCCGGUGGGUUUAUCAUCGGCGGCGCGUUCUCUUCCAUUUUUGCCCAGUUCGUCUGGUGGCCUUGGGGAUACUGGGUGAUGGGCAUCAUGUGUUUUGUCUUCGCGGCGCUGGGUUUGUGGGUGAUCCCGCAUACCCCUCGACCUCAAUUCAAGGAGGACUUGCCGGUCUGGAUCCGGCUGGAUUUGCUCGGUGCAGCUGCGGGAAUCCCCGCACUCAUUCUGAUCAACUUUGCUUGGAAUCAGGCCGCAUUGGUGGGCUGGCAAAAUCCAUAUACCUACGUUCUUCUCAUCGUGGGAUUCGCCCUUAUGGCUUUAUUUGCAGUGAUUGAGCGAUCUGCACGAUGUCCACUGUUGCCACGGUCGAUAUUCACGGGCGAUUUGGCUUGGGUGCUGAGCUGUAUCGCUGCUGGAUGGUCGAGUUUCGGAAUUCUUGUCUAUUACUUCUACCAGUUUAUGCAGGUCAUCAAAGGAGAUACGCCCCUAUUAGCAACCGCCAAAAUGUCCACGGCUACGGUGUCCGGUGCUGUCGCAGCCAUGGUUACUGGGUUUCUUCUCAGUCGAGUAUCUCCCAGUAUCAUUAUGUUCUGCGCUAUGAUUUGCUUUACGAUCGGCUUGUCGCUUAUGGCAACGUUGCCUAUUUCUCAAACCUACUGGGCACAGGCGUUUCUAGUCAGUCUGAUCACACCAUGGGGGAUGGAUAUGUCAUUCCCCUCUGGAACGAUAAUCCUCAGCAACUCGAUGCCGGGUCAACACCAGGGCCUUGCAGCGUCGUUGAUAACUACAACGGUGAACUACUCUAUUUCCUUGGGUCUCGGAUUCGCAGGCACCGUGGAAUCCAAUCUGAAUAAGGACGGUCAGCACGUUCUCGAAGGCUACCGAGGAGCUUUGUAUUUAGGGAUUGGGUUUGCAGGGUUGGGAUUGGUUGUGUCGGUUCUGUUUAUGGUGGUUAGUUGGAAGAGGCAUCAUAUCACCCGCAAAUCUGGCUGA